CUCCACAUGCAUCAUCUCUUCACCCGAGGCCACCUGACCGCCUCCCCGGUGGGAGUGGCAGCUCCACGGGGAACUCAUCAUCACUUUAAAACGCACCAGAGACUUGGCACAAAAGAAGCGCUCGCAGGCGAGCAGAGGCGCACGGGGAGUGUCUCUUAUUACACCGGAGGGAAACGGCGUUUGGCACUUUUACGCACCGCCUUGAAGAGUCUCUAUAAAUCAGGUAAAAACGUGGACUUCGAGUUGAAGAAACUUAGUUUUUGUUUGGCACCGCUUCGGUUACAGCUCCGGGGAUGCGGAUGGAGUCUUUACGCACCAAAGCUGUGGCACACCUCGAGGUUUGGUUGUAUAUUUGAGAAGCGUUUUUGUUCCAAUCUCGUCGUUUCUUUAACUGAACAGUCACAUGACGUAAAGUUUCGCUCGGAGUCCAGGUUUUGCGGAGAGACUUUGCGCCUUCCAGCUGGAGUUUUGCUUCUGUUAACCCGCAAACCAAACAUGAACGUUUCUCUCUUCGACGUGACGCAGGGCGCGCUGUUUAACGGGAGCCUCGCCGGGACUCUGGCCACCGGGAACGGCACCGAAAACGUGGUGACCGGCGACGGCGGCGGCUCCCUGGUGCUGCUGCAGGACGAGCGCAAACUGUUCUUGAUGCGGGUGGUGCAGAUCGCGGUGUUGUGCGUGCUGUCGCUCACCGUCAUGUUCGGGAUAUUUUUCCUCGGCUGCAACCUGAUGAUCAAGUCGGAGAGCAUGAUUAACUUCCUGGUGAAGGACCGGAGACCCUCCAAAGACGUGGAAACGGUCAUGAUCGGGCUCAGCUAGCGCACCGGCGAUCAGGUACCGAGGAGCUGCACCUGCAUGUACUCAUCCAAGACGCUCUGUGUGUGUCCUCCUGAGGAAAGAUAUGCAAAAACUUCACAUUUCCUUCCAAAAAAAAAAAUUAAAAAUUAAAAAAACGACUGCAGGAGAGUAGUCCAGCGACCAGUGUGUGUGCGUAAAGUUCGUGCGUAAAAUCCGGGCAGUUGUUUACACGUGGGCCGAUCUGUUGAAUAUUUUGGAGUGAAUUUCAUAUUGCCAACUUGAACAAAGUGCUGACAAUGUUUACAAGCUGUUACCUCAUUUUUGGGUUGCUUUUGUUUUCUUUUUGUAAAUGAUAAUGUUUUAAAAAUUAGUUCCAAAAGCAUGAUUGUGAAUUCUUAUAGCUGCACGCCUGCCAGUGUUCUCCGUGGACGUGAUGGAUAUGUGGGUAUUCUCUAUACAAAGUAUUUUUUCCUGUUUGGUAAAUACACUCUAAAUACUGAAAUCUUGACGUUCUUUUUCCCAACAGAACUCCUUCUCAGCUUUAUGGAGUGUUCUGGUUCUCCUGUUUGGCAUGCUUUGAUCUGUGAGGUGAUUUUUUGGACGAGUUUUGCACUUUUGAAAUCACUGAUGCUGCAUGAAUUAUUUUGUACCAAAUACUUGAAAUUGCAGCAUGCAAUUAAAACAUUGAAAUGAG